UGCCCGGCCCCCUCGCCGGCUCCAUUGUGUCUGGCUGGGGACUGGGGUCCCGGGUCCCGGUGAGGAGCCUCCCUCCCGCCCCGGAGCCGGGGCUUCCCUCUCUGCCCGGCCCGGGAGAAGGCAAGACUUUGGCGGCGCCUCUUUCCCUCCUCCACUCCGGGCUCUGGCACCCCUCAAGUCUCCCAGGCAGUUUUGCUUGGGGCGGGGUAUCAGACCUUUUCCCCUCUCCAUCAUUUCCCUAUGCGUCCCAUGCUUUGGGGAAAGAAGAGUUUAACUGGCCAGUUGGUGGAGGUUAUAUUUACCUCUCUACUGAAAACAAGGGAGACUACUGAACUUGGGGGAGGGGGGUACGGAAGUGCAACCUGUUCUCAUUUCAUAGAAUUAGGGAAAACAGACUUGCUGCCUUUGGAGUACCUAUUUUAUUUGCUUGGGGUGGGAGGAGUAAUGGCUUUAUUAUAGCAGUUAAGGACCAUUUGUGAUUUUUAAAAAACAGUUUAUCAAGUUACUCCCCUUUUUCGUUUGGGGGGUAAAAGUCUUCCAAGCUUAAAGACCCUUAUAAUCACAUUGUUUACUUUGGUAAUUACGUAUCUGACUCUGUUGCACACUCUUUGUUUUUCAGAAGCGAUGUUUGGCAUUUUACAGUCUGAGCUUGAGUGGAAUUCCUUGCAGGUUACUGUAUGAAUAGUAAAAAUGAUAUUGUCCUUUUGCUUAUGGGGAACAUAAAGGCCUCUUUGAGGAGUGUGUAUAUGCGCUCCGGUGUUAAAGGAAUGCCUCAGUGUCUUUGGUUUUAGUGCGUUAUUUUCGCUGACCGACUAAUAUCUAGCCCUAACAUCCCAACUUGUCAGUAUUUUGGUGUCCUGUAUGGAUAAGUGGUCUAGUUUGCCACAUAUUCAGGGUUCUGUUCUUUGAUAAGUUUCAUAAAACUUUACGAUUUGUAAGAAAACUUUCCUAUGAAGUACAGGUUAAUGUUUGGAUGGAUAGUACGAUGUAAGUUCAGAGUUCCACCAGGAAUUUCAAUAAAUAAAACUCCAAGAGCUUCCAAACUCUUCGCAUUCAGUUGCGUAUAAAAAGCUUGAAAUAAUGAAAUGCAAUUCUCUGGUAAAUACUAAGAGCAUUGAAUUGUUCAGUAGUAUAGUUUAGUAUAGUCUCCAGAUCAUCCAUGUUGAUGUUCAUCACUUGUUCAGGUUUUCAGGAUUAAUGCGAUUCAGAUAAAGAGUUCAGCUUGGGUUGGAGCUUCGUGUAAGCUUUUGUCUUUUUGGUUAAUUUUCAAUUAGGUGGUUUUGGAACUUAUCCAUAAGUCAUGUAAUUAUACUGGUGGUGACAAGGUACCAUUAAUUUAGAACACUGUGGCAGAACUCCCUUCAUAUCACUAGGAUUGUCUUGGUAUGCCAUUGUUAAUUUAGAAACUCAACAUGGGUCCAUAAAAAUUUAUUUUAUUAUAAACUUAUAACUGUCUAGAUAGUUUUUGGGCCAAUCUUAAAUUUUUGAUGUGAGUAGUGCAGCCUAUUUCUACAGUACAUAUUAGUGUCAAUUCUAGAAUAAACUUAAAUGAUGGGACAUCUGAAAUAUGUUCUAUAAGAAAAAAAAUUAGUCAGCUUACUCAUCCUAUCACAUGUGUCAAAAAUAACCCCCAAACAAGACCAUAUGAUAUUAUUUUUAAAAGAUUUUUUUUUUUUUGGUAGAUGGGACAGAAUACUUUUAUUUAUUUUAGAGUGGUGCUGCUGAGUAUUGAACCCAGUGCCUCACACAUGGUAGGCAGAGUGAGCUACAACCCCAGCCCCUUGAUAUUAUAAUCUUCUAAAAAGUGUUCAAAACUUCUCGAUUGCUUUUUUUACUCAUUUGUAAUAGGGCAGGGUCAGAUUUGAUGAUUUCUAAAGUUCUACCCAGUUUACAAUUUUAUGAUUGUAAUAAUUUUUAUUAAAUGUGUGUGUAGGUUGUGUAAGCUGUUAGGUUUUUAUACACCCAGCAUCAGAAUUUCAAGACCUGAAGUGGCCUCAAAAAUCAUUUCAUUUGCUCCUCCCUACUUUUAUAGAAGAAGAAAUUCAGGCUGAAGGAGGUUUUUAGGUUCAAAUUUGUAAGAUUGUUACAGAACUGAAAACUAUUUUCUCUUGGCCUCCAUUUCCCCCAUUUGUGGUACAUCUAAAUAAAUCUUUUAAAUUACAUGAAAUCUAGCAAUAUGGCUGAAAAUUGCGUUUGAAAUAACAUCAAACAGAGGAAAACCUUAGUAUUAUAGUGAAUGUGUUAAGUAACAAAAUUCAAAUUAACAGGUGGUUAAUGUUAUUAAUUACUGUAUUUUUAAUGGCUUCUUAUAAAUGUGUGAACUUUGAAAUUUAAGUUUAUAUUUUCUACAGAAAUCAGAACUUAUAAAUCCAAAUGUGUAAGUCUGUUCCAGGUUCUCUUUUCAGAACUUGCUUUACUUUUCUUUGCACAUCCACAAGUAAAGGAGGGCCUUGAUUGAUUUCAUUGGUUGUUUAUUAAAUGUUCAUUAUGUGCUAGACAUUCUUCAAGGCACUUAAGAGAUUGUGUGUGUUAAACACACACAGACACACACACACACACACACACGCACAUACGCACAUAUGCACAUACACAUAUCACUGAACAGUAAUCCCUGCUCUGGUGAGGGUUACAUUUUUAAUAGGAAAAGACAAUAACAAAGUAUAUAAUCUUUUUUAAUGUGUUUAGAAGGUAUUAGGUUCUAUGUGAAAACAAAGUGUUUAGGAAAAGGUUUGGGAAUGCUGGUGUGUGGUGGAAGUGGUGUUGCAAAAUCGUGUAACACUGGAGAUGUGAAUUUUGAGCAUACUAAGGAGAUGAGGGGACUAAACUAUGUAAAAAUAUGAUGGAGAGAAUUUGAGGAAUAGUGAGAUCUGUGACUGUAGCUCAGUGUGUAAAUUGUAAUAUAGGGUUAUGGAGCAAAUGAGCUAUGAGUGCUAGGGAGUGGGUACAAGGUGAGCAUUGAGAAGAUACUGGCUUUUUCCAAUAGAGAUGGGAAUUCACUGAGGGAUUCUGGGUCUUUGUUUCUACCGACACUUAGUGAACUAUUACAAUAUCAUAAUUAUUUUUAAAACAGCUUUUAAAAGACAAGACCCUUAAAGUUUUAUUUGCCAUUUAGCUUAUGUGUACUGUUCUGAAUUCUGUUUGUGAUGACUAUGUUCAAUAAAAACUAGUUUACCUUCCUACACUAUGGUUAAUAAAAACAACACACCAAAACCUCUUUCAUAGAUUUGUUGAAUAUGUUCUAGUGGUUGUUCUGAGUUUAAUGUCUGUAUGCAGAAAACUGGGCCUGUAGGGGGGGGGGAAUUGACAUUUGAGAAGAUACUGUGUGCUUCUUAGGUUAAAAUUAUUCUCUACUCCCACUUAUGAAAUAGUUAUUACUACCAUUAUUUUGAUAUCUGGAGAUGUAAAUGUAGUGGUUCUAGAUAAUUUGACCAAGGUAGGUUAAGAGCUAGUAUGUGGCAGAGCAAGGGUUAGAAGCAUGGUCUCUGGUUCCACAUUUAUAUCUCCCCACCAACCCCCAUCCCUCCCUCUCUCCUAAACUCAGCAAGCACAAGUACAGGUGUGGAGUCUGAUUUCUCUCUUAUAUUGAAAAGCAGCAGUUGUUUCAUAUAAAAUGAUCUGAAAUAAGCAUUUAGUGUAUGGUUGAAAAUUACAACACUUUUGUGCAUUUGGUAAAAAAGUUGGAAAGUAAAAUUAACACUGUGAAUUUUGUUUUUUUAAGUUUUAAAUUUAAAAAUUCAUUUGAGUCAAAUGGCUGUUUUGAUUAUGGCCUCAUAUUAAGCAUAAGGAAAAUCUGGGGGAAAGCCCCCUUUUAAAUUUCAGUAUGUGUGGUUUUUAAAGUUGCAAUAGUAUUAGCCUUGACAUUUGAUGAAGAGAAAUAGUUCCAAAUAUGAUUCAGUUGCUUUGUGGACAGAAACAGGCUGACUAUCUGGUUUACCUAGCCACUUUAGGUGUAUAUCAUAGAAGCAAAAAUGCAAGGGGAAAAAUGCCUCUAAAAUAAUCUUUCAUGACUUUUUUGAAUUGGUUUUAUAUAAUUAGUAUCUAGUCACUGAGAAUUAUUAGACCAUUUUUAUGUAUUGUAAAAAAAAUUUAAAAGACCUUACUUUUAAAUGGUUCUUUUCUAACUGAGCACAGAGAUAGGUUGCUAAAGUACACAGCCCAUUUUCUUGUUAUAUUUUAAUAAAUAUUUAGAGUGCUUAUUAUUAAUAGGAUCUUAAUAUUUCUAUUUAAGAUUUGGGUAUUCUUAUUCUUAGAAUUGGAUUUUAUUUUUCAGGGAUCAUUUAUUAUCUUUAUGAAAAAAUAUUGUAUAAUUGUUGAAUGCUAGCCAUUAUAAAUGAGGUACCUAUGGACCUUUAAAAAUCACAUUUAACUGAGUUUUUUUUUGUUGUUGUUGUUUGUUUCUCAAUAGUGUUAAUUGGAAAUUUCUUUAGAAAAAUGAAAGGAAAGCCAAUUUAUUUUUUUGAGAGGAAGAAAUUGAGGCACAGAGAUUAAGUGAUUUUCCCCAAAUCACACAGCAAUUAAGAGGCACAGAACAAGUUGAAAUCAUCGCAGAAGGAUAAAGUUCGUCAGUUUAUGAUCUUCACACAAUCUAGUGAAAAAACAGCAGUAAGUUGUCUUUCUCAAAAUGACUGGAAGUUAGAUGUUGCAACAGAUAAUUUUUUCCAAAAUCCUGAACUUUAUAUACGAGAGAGUGUAAAAGGAUCAUUGGACAGGAAGAAGUUAGAACAACUAUACAAUAGAUAUAAAGAUCCUCAAGAUGAAAAUAAAAUUGGAAUAGAUGGUAUACAGCAGUUCUGUGAUGACCUCGCACUUGAUCCAGCCAGCAUUAGUGUGUUGAUCAUUGCAUGGAAGUUCAGAGCAGCAACACAGUGCGAGUUCUCCAAACAGGAGUUCAUGGAUGGCAUGACAGAAUUAGGAUGUGACAGCAUAGAAAAACUAAAGGCCCAAAUACCCAAGAUGGAACAAGAAUUGAAAGAACCAGGACGAUUUAAGGAUUUUUACCAGUUUACUUUUAAUUUUGCAAAGAAUCCAGGACAAAAAGGAUUAGAUCUAGAAAUGGCCAUUGCCUACUGGAACUUAGUGCUUAAUGGAAGAUUUAAAUUCUUAGACUUAUGGAAUAAAUUUUUGUUGGAACAUCAUAAACGAUCAAUACCAAAAGAUACUUGGAAUCUUCUUUUAGACUUCAGUACAAUGAUUGCAGAUGACAUGUCUAAUUACGAUGAAGAAGGAGCAUGGCCUGUUCUCAUUGAUGACUUUGUGGAAUUUGCACGCCCUCAAAUUGCUGGGACAAAAAGUACAACAGUGUAGCACUAAAGGAACCUUCUAGAAUGUACAUAGUCUGUACAAUAAAUACAACGGAAAAUUGCACAGUCAAUUUCUGCUGGCUGGACUGAACUGAAGAUCAAUCCUCACAAUUCAAACUGAGGGUUGAGACAAAACUUUAAGGAUACAUCUUGGACCAUAUCGUAUUUCAUUCUUCUAAUGGUGGUUUGGGCUUGUCUUCUAGUCUGGGCCGCUCUAAACAUUUAUAAUUCCAACGUUGUGGAUUUCAUCUUAUAUCUGUGGACCAUCCUAGUUUAUUCUCCCAUAAGUCUUAGAAGCUUUAUGGUGAUUAUUUUGAGGUUUCCAUUCUCGCAUAAAGCACAAUGCUGUCUUCAUCAGAAAACAGUUUGGCAUAAGAAUUAAACAUAAUGAACAUCACAAACAAUUUAUAAGAACUUCUUAAAUAUAUGCUUUGGGCUAGUUGCAAAGACUAUGCUGAUAGCACUUCCAAUGAGAGUGAUAUAUUUAAGUGUACUGGAUCUGAAAUGGUGUUUUGGUUUGGGGGGAUAUUUCUUUUUCCUGACAAAUCAUAUGUGUUGUUGAUGUGCGUAGAGAAUCUGAUGAAAGAAACGUCAAAAUAACCAACGUGAAAAAUUUUUAGGAUAACUUGGUGCCUACCUGAAAAAUGUGUUUCAGACUCAUAAUUUCAAAAAGGUUUCACAGAACUAGUCUGCAUUUAACUUUACCCAUGUUUAUAUAUAAUGGUCCUACAGGGAGCUUUUAUUUAGAAAAUGUCUGCAUAAUGUUAGAUUCCACUCUUAUCUACAUUAUGCGAUACAUAAUUAGAUUUCAUUAUGCUUUUGAAAUGCUUAUAUGCCUAUCAAUAAGUUAAACUAUUUAAUUUGUUUUGAAUGUUUUGGGUUGCCACACAAUACAAUAUUCUAAAUUUAGGCAUGAGGGUUUUUGUUUUUGUUUUUUUCUUUCUGGUCAUCGCACUAUGGAACACAAAUGAAAUUCUUUUAAUUUAUAAAAAGAUAGUAGGAAUUAAAUUUUGGAAAUGGUUGUGAUGAGCCAUGAAGUUCAAUCUAUAUAAUAUAGGUACUGCUCUUUCAGAAAAGUAGUCCAUUUUUGAUGACUUCUUAUUUUGUUGAAAUUGCUUUAACUGCUAAUCACUGUGGUUGCCAAAUAUUUACUUCAGGAGCAAAGAUUUUCAAACAAGCAUGUACUUGAUGCAAAAUACCAAUCUGGCUUCUAUUUUUGUAAACUUAGUCUUUUUACUGUUUUUCUUUCACUCAAAUUAGUUCAGUUUUCACAUCAAAGCAGAAUACUCUCUUGUAUGCAUUUUUUUUAUUACAAGACCCAUGAACUGCUUUCCUGCUGAAAGUGCUCAUUUCUCUGCUUAUUUACUGACAUGUGAAGAAGGGUUUAUUGGUUUCUUAAACAUUUCCGUAAGGCAUGUUAAAAAUGCUGAACUUCAAACGUUAGAUGACUGUGGUCUCUUAAUAGGAACAGAUAUUGCUUGGUAUUUCCAGGUACUCUCUAAGGUCUAGUAUUAAAAAAGGAAUGUAUGUAUGUACUUCAGAAUAGCAGUACGUUUUAUGCAGAUGUGGAAAUGAUUUUAAGAAACAAUGACAUUAAAACUGCUUUUUAUUUACAUGAUUUGGAAAUUGACUAAAAGCUUAUCCCAUAGAUAUUAUAUUAAUAUUCCAAUCAUAACUUUAAUUGAAGAAUGUAAGUCUGCAGAAAGAAAAAUUAUAAAAUUUCUGUUCAGGUUACAGGAAUUGGUUAUUAUAAAAGAAAAACAAAAGAAGGAAAAGAAUCCUGCUGUUUUCAGUAUUUCCUGAUUUAAUUUUUGUAAAUAUGAAGAGGAACUUCAAUUAUGAAAAAAUUUUAAAUGAUACAUAUAUGUGUUUUCUGUCUUAAAGAUUCAAGUUUUAUUUUCUGUCUUAAAGAUUUCAAGUUAUGUUAUUGUUUUCAGAUUGACUAAUUCAAGUAUGCUGUGUUUUGAAAUGAGAUCACAUUAGCCUUUUUUUCCCCAAUAUAAAUUGUUUUUCAUAAAAAUCUGAUAUUGGUUGUGGCCUAGUGCCUUGGAUUUUACAGAAUUUUCCUUUUAAAUGCAAGCCCUCUUCAACAAAAUAGUGUUUGUCAUCAGUUUGGUACUAAACAUUUAUAAUUACUGUGUAAUUAUAAACGAAAAUACAUAAAACUUUGAAUAUAAUUAUGUAGCAUUAAAGUUAAGGUUGUUCACUAUGAUGGCAUCUUAGAAUUAAACAAAACUAUUACUAGGGCUGAAAAGAGAAAAUUGAUUUAAUGUGGUGUGAUUAUUCUGAGGAUAAAUGGUUACAGGGAUAUUUUGUACUAAAUAAUGCUUACACGUAUGGUUGUAUGCAUGUGUGAGUGUGUGCGAGUUUGUGAGAGAGGAAGACACAUACACACACAACUUGAAUUGCUUUAAUUCAUAAGUGUUUCAGUCUUCAUUCUGGUCACCUCCCCAUGCUGAUUCUUUGUUUCAAACUGACCCACAGGUACAGUUUCGUUUUUGCCAAAUGUCAGAACAGGUACACAUUUUAAAAUGUAUAAAAUUAGAAGUACCCACAUAUAAAAAUACUUGAGAAUCAAGGUUAUCUUUAGUAAAUAUCAUCUGCAUAUCUCUGUAAGUUCAAUUGUGUUUCUUAUAAUCCCUGUCAUAUUACCAACAGAGGCAAUAAAAGCUUCAGUGAAAUUGC